CUCGCACAUCUAUUUGGUGCCUCCAUUAUAUAUGCACACCCAUCUUGUAUUGCUGUGUAAUUGUUGCGUGUAGGUGUGUGUAAAGAUAAUAAAGAGAAAUCUAGAGUCCACUUGAGAUUUUCACAGAAAUAUACUUGGGAAGAUUACGAGCGAUUUUACAGCUAUGCAGUGCAGUUUGGUCUCUCGUCUUCUUGGCUAAUAAGGUACAUAUUUGGGUCUGGUAGAACCAUCACGCGGAAUCUGCUUUUCUUAUACUUGUAGAUUUUUUUUUCUUAAAAAUUUGACCAUAUUACCUAUCUGCUCUCACUAAGUAGAAUUCUGCACCCUUGUAGCACGGCAAGUGGUUUCAAUUUGCAAACUUAGACUCAAAUGUUAUCAUUUAAAGGAAUUGGCAAAAUCGUCUUCUAGUAAAGCGCUCCUAUCGCUGACCUGUAGUUCGCCAUAAUUCUUGUCUGUGCCUUGUAUGAUAUCUAUAUAUACAUUUUUAUUUUAUUUAUUCCUCUAAAAUAGCCCAGGAGCUUUAAUGGUGCUAACCCUUUCCGUUGGCAUUUGGCAGACUUGGUACUUAAGGCCUAAGACAAGUUUUUGACGUGUAGCCCAGGAAUCCUGGACUUAAAAGGCACAUCAGUUCCAACAUGAGGUUAUGGUUCACCUGCUUAGGCUUUUGACAUUGUAAACAUCCUUUGCUCUCAACUUGUAUUUACUUUUUUUGCUUUGUGGAACUCGUGCUGGUAAAAGAGUGUGAUUAAGCAAAAUAUCUCUGUCUGUGUCAUUUACACCAAGUGUAAUGUACAUUUUUGGACUUUGCAUGAUAAAUCUGACUAUAAUCCUCUAUAGAGGUAGCUACGCUGUUGUGUAUUCUAUCCUAUUGAUCUUGACCACAGUUCAUUGAAAAAUAUAUAAAUAGAUGAAGUAAAAAAAAAAUUGCUGAAAAUUCUAUUUCCUUCACGGUCAAAUUUUUCCCUUCGGCGCCAAAAAAUGCUUCGGGGAUUGUCCGACGGAAUGACAGUAGAAUUACGGCAGUCCAAAUCAGUCUUAUUACUAUGUGGACUGAUUUGCCAACUGUAGUGUAUACUAUUAGAAUGAAUUUUCAAAAUUAUGAUUAUUAUUAUUAUAAAUUUUUUGCAAGUCAAUGAGAAAUCAGAGAAAAUGGGAAAAAAUCAUCUUAGAACUUUCAAAUUACAAUUCAGAUAGGUUUUGAAUUUUGUAGUUUGAUAUAUUUUUAUCUUACGACUCUGGUGCCCCUAUAAAACAAGCGGUGUAGAAGCGCUCCUACCUUUAAAUGCCUUGUAAGGUAAAUCUAAGAGGAGCCUCUUUUUUUUUUUUUUUUUUUCCUUCUGGUAUGUGAUUAUCUUUGUGAUUCUGUUCAUUCUCCCAAGCCCUAUAGUUUGCAUACAUGUGUGUGUUAGUAAUUAAGUCUUCAGCCAGGAGUGGAUGGUCUGCUCUGUGAUCCUGCUUCUGAUUAUUGUUGUGGUUUCUGCAGCCCCAGCGAGCGGCUCUAAGUCCGGGCUGCACGUCAUUUGCAAUCUGGAGACUGUUGAUCACCUCACUAAUUACACCUCCCCCUCUCUCUCUCCUCUCCUCUCGCUCUCUCGCUCGCUCUCUCUCAUUCCCAGAGUGCAUAUCAGGAACAGACACACAAAGACAUGCGCACUCAACUUAAUCAGCCAUUUUUUUAAACAGGGCUAAAACGAUAAUAAUUAGCAGAAUAAAGACAUUCAUUUCCUUUCCUCCUUUUCCCAAGCCCUUCACAAGCAAACAGCGAGGCAGCGGAUGGCACAUGCUUUCACACCCAGCGGACCCAGAACAACAAGCAGAGCCCCCUCUCCGCUCUGUUCCUCGUCUCUGCACUCCUGCAAAAAGUUCCAGGAUUAUUCCUUUUUUUGUACGAUUGUCCUUUUUUUAUCCUGAUUUUUUUUUUCCUUUUUCGCCUCUUGAUGAACGUUAUCCUUUUAUUGGAUGGGAUCAGCUGUUGUGAAUAAGCUGAAGAGAGAGACACUCACACACACAGUCUGUAUCAGAAGGACGAGUGAAAACUGCGAGGGGGAAAUGGAAAGUAAGUUUUUUUUUCUUUAACUUUUAUUGAGCAGUUUGUGUUAAAUUUAGGUCGGGUAUUGAUUAUCUUUCCAGGCUGAUCUUGCACAAUCUUUGAUAUUUCGCUCUCUCUCCCACUCUCUCCCUCUCUCUCUCUCUGCUUGCUCAGAGGCUCACUUUGUUUCUCUCACAUACACACACACAUUCCCCAUCUGCACAGAUCCCAGCUAACUCCCCCUUCCUUCCUUUUCUUUCCUCCGAACUGACAUACCAGAGAGCAGUCCGCACUCAUUGCUGCUGGGUGUCCGUUCUCUUUUCUUUUUUAUUUUCUUCUUUUCACCCCCUCCAGUUUUACUCCGUUGCAACUUGGAUUAGACAUCUCCACGCAGGGAAAGGGGAAAAAAAUCUGUCUGACAGCAAGAAGCCUGGCUGUCAAAAAAAAAAAAAAAGUGCCCCACAUCUCUCAGCCAGGGAUGUCUGGAAGCUGUAUUUCCCCCUGUAAAGAUAAAUAAAAAUUCUCAAGCACGAUUUUCCACUCUACCUUUUUCCUCUCUGUGUGCACAAUGAUCUGCAUUUAUUUCAGGCAUUUUAAAGUUGCAGGUCCCUGACAGGCCGGAUGAAAUGAGAUCCACAUGUAGCAAUUGCCAUGGAAACCUGUGACUCCCCUACUAUAUUACGGCAAGAAAAUGGGCAGAGCACAUCAAAGCUAUGUGGAACAACACAACUUGAUAAUGAGGUGCCAGAAAAAGUCACGAGGAUGGAGCCUGACAGGGAAAACAGCUCUUCAGAUGACAACCUGAGAACAGAUGAACGCAAAAGUGAAAUCUUGCUGGGUUUUGGCGUGGAGAAUGCAGUUGCCGCUCAGGUUAACUCGCCAAAAGAGAUACCCUGCAACGAAUGUGCCACUGCAUUCCCCAGUUUACAGAAAUACAUGGAACACCACUGCCCUAACGCUCGCCUUCCUGUCUUGAAGGAUGACAACGAUAGCGAAGUCAGCGAGCUAGAGGACAGUGAUGUGGAGAACCUAAUAGGGGACAUAGUUUACCAGCCUGAUGGAUCAGCUUAUAUAAUUGAGGACUCCAAAGACGGUGGGCAGAAUGCACAAACAGGAGCAAAUAACAAACUCUUUUCUACAGCUAUGUUUCUGGACUCGCUUUCAGGAGCUGGAGAGAAGAGUGAUCAGUCUGUUUCGGCAUCCAUGUCUUUCUACCCACAGAUCAUUAACACUUUUCAUAUUGCUUCAUCCCUCGGGAAACCAUUUACGGCCGAUCAGGCUUUCCCAAAUACCUCAGCAUUAGCAGGAGUUGGUCCUGUGUUGCACAGUUUCCGCGUCUAUGAUCUCCGACAUAAGAGAGACAAAGACUAUCUUACCAGUGAUGGCUCAGCCAAAAACUCCUGUGUGUCCAAAGAUGUUCCAAACAAUGUGGACUUGUCUAAAUUUGAUGGUUGUGUUAGUGAUGGGAAAAGGAAACCUGUUUUAAUGUGUUUCUUGUGCAAGUUGUCAUUUGGUUAUAUUAGGUCAUUUGUAACCCAUGCUGUGCAUGAUCAUCGGAUGACCCUUAAUGAGGAGGAGCAAAUGCUUCUCAACAAUAAAUAUGUGUCUGCCAUAAUACAGGGGAUUGGCAAGGACAAAGAACCUCUUAUAAGCUUUCUGGAACCAAAAAAAAACAAUUCUGUUUUCUCCCAUUUUUCUACUUCAAACCUCAUAGGCCCCGAUUCAACCUUCCGUGGUUUAUGGAGUGCUUUUCAUGUUGAAAAUGGUGACUCUUUGCAGGCGGGAUUUGCAUUUUUGAAAGGAAGUGCAAGUUCUGCCGGCUCAACAGAGCAGUUACAUGGGGUCAACCAAAUGCCAAAGGCUGAAGCGAAUUUGGGGGGUUUGCCAAGUCCAAAAACAAGCACCCCAAUUACCUCUAUGUCCCACAGCCACUUGUCAUCUGACUCAAACAAGCAGGUGGACAGCAAAAACCAAGACAGCAACUGUGAAAGGCAUAAAGAGACCAGUAACUUACAUUCUAAUGGCGAGCUCCCUAUUAAAAGUGAGCCCACUGAAGGGGUAGAUGAAGAAGAAGAAGAGUCAUAUUCUAAUGAUCUUGAGGAGGAGGAGGUUUUAGGUGACCUGGCAGAUAGUAUCGGUAGCAAAGAUUUCCCUCUCUUAAACCAAAGCAUUUCUCCUUUAUCAUCCAGUGUGCUAAAAUUUAUUGAAAAGGGUACCUCCUCAUCCUCGGUGACUGUUUCUGAUGAGUCAGAAAAGAAAACUGCUGUACUUAGAACUAAUAGCAAUGUUGCUGGUAGCUUUAAUAUUAGUGGCAAGGACUUUGAGGAUACAAGUGCCAGAAAAGACUGUGCAAAUUCACUUUCACCAAAUGAACUAAUUAGAGGAGAAGAAGAGAAUUCUAACACUCCUCACCAGCAUAGCUUGGUACCCGGCCCACUUAGCUUAAACGAGGGCUCACCAGGAAGUGGUAUAGAGUGUCCAAAGUGUGACACGGUCCUGGGGUCCUCAAGGUCAUUGGGUGGCCACAUGACAAUGAUGCAUUCUAGAAACUCUUGCAAAACUUUAAAAUGCCCCAAAUGCAACUGGCACUAUAAAUAUCAGCAGACUCUAGAGGCCCAUAUGAAGGAGAAACAUCCAGAGUCAACUGGCACUUGUGCUUAUUGUAAGACUGGACAGCCUCACCCUCGGCUUGCCAGGGGUGAAAGUUACACAUGUGGCUAUAAACCCUUCCGUUGUGAGGUUUGUAACUACUCUACAACUACCAAAGGCAACCUCAGUAUUCAUAUGCAGUCAGACAAGCACCUAAAUAAUGUCCAGAACCUACAGAAUGGUGGGAGUGGUGAGCAGGUCUAUGGCCAUACAUCCCCGGCUCCUAACACAAGUCUCAGUGGCUGUGGGACACCAUCUCCAUCUAAACCAAAACAAAAACCCACCUGGCGUUGUGAGGUGUGCGAUUACGAAACCAAUGUGGCAAGAAAUCUCCGAAUUCACAUGACGAGUGAGAAGCACAUGCACAACAUGAUGCUUUUGCAGCAAAACAUGAAACAGAUCCAGCACAAUCUGCACUUAGGCCUUGCACCAGCUGAGGCAGAGCUUUAUCAGUACUACCUAGCCCAAAAUAUAGGCCUGACUGGGAUGAAACUGGAAAGCCCAGCUGACCCUCAGAUGUUGAUAAACCCAUUCCAGCUCGACCCUGCCACAGCUGCAGCACUGGCACCAGGAUUUGUAAAUAAUGAGCUGCCGCCUGAAAUCCGACUUGCCAGUGGUCAGCUAAUGGGUGAUGACCUGUCCCUCCUUACUACAGGAGAGCUGUCACCUUAUAUCAGUGACCCAACGUUGAAGCUUUUCCAGUGUGCUGUUUGCAACAAAUUCACCUCUGACAGCCUGGAGGCCCUGAAUGUGCAUGUGAGCAGCGAGCGCUCUCUCCCCGAAGAGGAAUGGAGAGCUGUAAUUGGAGACAUCUACCAGUGCAAACUGUGUAACUACAACACUCAGCUGAAAGCCAACUUCCAGCUCCACUGCAAAACUGAUAAACAUAUGCAAAAGUAUCAACUGGUGGCUCAUAUCAAAGAAGGGGGCAAAAGCAAUGAGUGGAGACUGAAGUGCAUCGCUAUUGGUAACCCGGUGCAUCUGAAGUGCAAUGCUUGUGAUUACUACACCAACAGCGUGGAUAAAUUACGCUUACACACCACCAAUCACAGGCACGAGGCGGCCGUGCGGCUGUACAAGUACUUGCAAAAACAUGAGAGCACAAUGAAUGCUGAGUCAUGCUACUACUACUGCGCCCUGUGUGAUUACUCCACAAAGAUCAAGUUGAACUUAGUACAGCACGUCCGGUCGGUGAAGCACCAGCAGACGGAGGGCCUACGCAAGCUGCAGUUACAUCAGCAGGGUCUUUCCCUGGACGAGGACAGCCUAAGCGACAUCUUCUUCGUGAAAGACUGCCCACCGAAUGAUCCCGAAGAGCCAGCGGAGGAAGUGGAGGAAACUCUGAAAAUUACAGCAGUAGCCCCAGCCGAGGAGAAAGGCACAAAUGAGAAAGACAGCAGCAGCAGCAGCGAGGGCAAGACAUUAAAGGAUUCAGGUUCCAGGACGCAAACUCCUGACAAGGAGCAGGUCUUGAAUUCUACAGCAGCAAAGCGGCAACUAACACAAAGUAAAGAAGAGGAUGGUGCAACUAAGAGGACGAAGACUGUGGAGGAAAAUAGCAUUUGUCAAGAACAGUGCUAUCAAUGUCCCUACUGCAACUACAGCAGCAAGGACCCAAAUCGUAUCCAGAUGCACAUCCUCUCCCAGCAUUCUGUGCAACCUGUGAUAUCCUGCCCCCUUUGCCAAGAUGUUCUCAGCAACAAAAUGCAUCUACAGUUGCAUUUGACUCAUUUGCACAGCGUGUCUCCGGAUUGUGUAGAAAAGUUACUCAUGACAAUUUCUGUGCCAGAGGUUAUAAUGCCAAACAGUAUGCUGUUGCCAACAUCUGCAUCUGAAAAGUCAGAACCAGAGACAUUAAUAUCUGCCACCACUGAGUUUUCAGGAAAGAUAGCAGGUGACAGUCCGGCAGAAGAAAAGAACAGCCAAGGUGGCGAUGAUACAAAGGCUGGAAUUGAAAUUAAAACAGAGGAGCAAAAUCUGUCCAAAGAAUUUCUAGAUACCACAGAGUGGAACAAAAACAUCAGCAAAGAUGCAAAACCGUGUGAUUCACUGACAGAACAGCUUAAUGAUCAGCAAAAAAGGCAGCAGCUCUCCGUUUCUGACCGACAUGUUUAUAAAUACCGUUGUACCCAUUGUAGUUUGGCUUUUAAGACUAUGCAGAAGCUUCAGAUACAUUCCCAGUAUCACGCUAUUAGGGCUGCUACCAUGUGCAGUCUUUGCCAACGCAGCUUCCGUACAUUCCUGGCUUUAAAAAAACAUUUGGAAACAGGCCACCCUGAGCUUACUGAGACUGAAGUUCAGCAGCUGUGUGCAAACUUACCUGUGAAUGGGGAGCUCUGGGCCGAAAAUGAAAGUAUGGCCCCAGAUGAUCACUCCCUAGAGCAGGACAGUGAGCGAGAAUAUGAGAUGGACCAUGAGGGGAAAGCUAGCCCAGUUGGGAGCGACAGUAGCUCCAUUCCAGAUGACUUGGGCUCUGAACCAAAGCGGACUUUGCCUUUUAGAAAAGGGCCAAAUUUUACUAUGGAAAAAUUUUUAGAUCCAUCACGACCAUAUAAGUGUACCGUAUGUAAAGAGUCAUUCACACAAAAGAACAUUCUUUUGGUCCAUUAUAAUUCUGUGUCUCAUUUGCAUAAGCUUAAAAAAGUUUUACAAGAAGCAUCAAGUCCAGUUCCUCAAGAGACCAACAACAGCACUGACAAUAAACCAUUUAAGUGCAGCAUUUGUAAUGUUGCCUACAGCCAAAGUUCUACAUUGGAAAUCCAUAUGAGAUCUGUCCUCCACCAAACCAAGGCAAGGGCUGCCAAGCUAGAACCCAAUACUAACACUACUAGUGGGAGUAAUAUGCCAGGGAAUGUUAGCAGUCCAAACCAAGGGAUGCUAGAUUCUAUUAGUUUACCAGCUGUUAACAGCAAAGAAACCCACCUAGAUGCCAAAGAAACAAAUAAGAAGCAAGCUCCUGAGGUUAUUCCCACCCAACCUACACAUCACGCACCCCAAUCACCAGCACAGCUUCAAAUGCAACUGCAGCAUGAAUUGCAACAACAAGCUGCAUUCUUUCAACCACAGUUCCUAAACCCAGCUUUUCUUCCUCACUUUCCUAUGACCCCUGAAGCCCUUGUUCAGUUCCAACAACCUCAGUUUCUUUUUCCCUUUUACAUACCUGGCACAGAAUUUAGCCUAAAUCCUGAUUUGGGACUACCCACCUCUGCUGCAUUCGGGAUGCCCGGCAUGGCUGGAUCACUUCUUGAAGAUCUAAAGCUACAAAUUCAAACACAACAUCAGGUUGGGCAAACACAGCUACAUCUGCUUCAACAGCAAGCCCAACAGCAAGCUCAGCAGUAUCAACUACAGUCCCAGUCACAGCAUCAAUCACAGAAACAGCAUCAUACCAACAGAAUACUUAAACAGGAACCUAGCAAUGUGUCCAAUGCUGAAAGCCAACUAACAAAAGAUUCAGCGUGUUAUAAGGAUACUGAAGAUGCACAUGAAAAAAAGGAAAAACCAAAGCAAGAAGUUACAAAUGAUAACGACACUCCCAAAGACAAAGAGGGUAAGAAGCAGAAGCCAUCAGAUUCUUCUAUUCUACCACCCCGUAUUGCUUCUGGUGCUAGGGGAAAUGCAGCAAAAGCUCUGCUGGAAAAUUUUGGAUUUGAGUUAAUAAUUCAAUAUAAUGAGAACCGGCAGAAAGUACAGAAGAAACAUAAACUUGGAGAUAAUGAAAGUCAGAAAAAUGAGAAAUUAGAGUGUGGGGAAUGUAGUAAGCUAUUUUCAAAUAUUCUGAUCUUAAAGAGUCAUCAAGAACAUGUUCACGGACAGUUUUUCCCAUAUGGGGAAUUAGAAAAGUUUGCUCGUCAAUACAGAGAAGCAUACGAUAAGCUUUAUCCAAUUGCACCACCUUCUCCAGAAACUCCUCCUCCACCACCACCACCCCCACCACCUCCCCCAUCUGCACCGCCUGCACAACCUCCACCAGCACUUACUCCUUCUGUACCAGUGAAAAUGCCAAGUUCAACACCAACUCCAUUGCAAGCUCCUCCUCCAACACCUCCUCCACCACCACCGCCACCACCACCUCCUCCACCGCCACCACCUCCAGCUACACCUCAAGUUCAAAUUCCGGUCUCCCUAGACCUUCCCCUCUUUCCUCCGAUUAUGAUGCAAUCUGUUCAACAUCCAGCUUUACCACCACAACUUGCACUACAGCUCUCCCCUAUGGAUGCUUUGUCAGCAGAUCUUCAACAGAUGUGUCAGCAGCAGUUGGGUUUAGAUCCAAACUUCCUGCGUCAUUCCCAGUUUAAGCGCCCACGUACAAGAAUUACAGAUGACCAACUGAAAAUACUACGUGCCUACUUUGACAUUAACAAUUCUCCAAAUGAGGAUCAAGUACAGGAGAUGGCAGAUAAAUCAGGACUCUCCUUGAAGGUUAUUAAACACUGGUUCCGUAAUACUUUAUUUAAAGAGCGGCAAAGAAAUAAAGAUUCACCAUACAAUUUCAAUAAUCCCCCCAUAACAGUCCUUGAUGAUAUUCGAAUUGAGCCACAACCACCCUCCCUAGAUCUGCACAGGUCAGACUCUUUCAGCAGAAGGUCAUCAAGGACCAGGUUUACGGACUACCAGCUAAGAGUCCUACAGGACUUCUUUGACACAAAUGCAUAUCCCAAGGAUGAUGAGAUUGAACAGCUCUCCACAGUCCUCAACUUAGCUACACGUGUUAUUGUUGUAUGGUUCCAAAAUGCCCGUCAGAAGGCACGCAAAAGUUAUGAAAAUCAAGCUGAAACUAAAGACAGUGAAAAGAGAGAAUUAACUAACGAGCGUUACAUUCGUACUAGCAACAUGCAGUAUCAAUGUAAAAAAUGUAAUGUUGUGUUCCCUAGAAUAUUUGACUUAAUUACUCAUCAGAAAAAGCUUUGUUACAAAGACGAAGAUGAUGAUGCGCAAGAUGAAAGUCAAACAGAAGAUUCUUUGGAUGCUACAGAUCAAAUAAUGCCAAAGACAUGCAAUUUUGUUAGUCAAGCUGAAACAUCUAAAGCUUCGACAAUAACCACUGCAAGCUCUGGUUCUGGCUCAAGCACCCCCUUAGUCCCAUCGCCCAGACCAGAGUUUGGUAAAACUUCACCAAAACCUGAUGUACAGCCAGAAAAACCAAAGCAAAUAGAUGCGAUUGCUAGCUCAUUAGCCUCUAAAUUAACACAGUCCAAUUUAACGUCAACAUCAUCAGAUACACAGCCUUCAGUAACUGUUACACAACAAAGACAGCAAAUUGCAAGACCCUCAUCAGCAUCCCGAACCACUCCUGUUCCAUCUAGUCCUUUACCAAUAUCCUUGACUUCCCUACAGAACAGCCUACCUCCUCACUUGCUACAAUACCAAUGUGAUCAGUGCACGGUUGCUUUUCCAACAUUAGAAUUAUGGCAGGAGCACCAACACAUGCAUUUUUUAGCUGCCCAAAACCAGUUUCUCCAUUCUCAAUUUUUAGAAAGGCCAAUAGACAUGCCAUACAUGAUUUUUGACCCUAACAACCCACUUAUGGCAAGCCAAUUACUUGGAGGUUCCAUGCCACACUUGCCACCACAACCUGGGGCACCACAUGGCACCACACAAGUUUCUGCAUCUUUAAAAAGGAAGCUAGAUGAUAAAGAUGAUAAUAACUGCAGUGAGAAGGAGGGGGGUAACAGUGGAGAGGACCAACAUAGGGAUAAGCGAUUAAGAACUACAAUCACUCCUGAACAACUAGAAAUACUGUAUGAGAAGUAUUUACUAGAUUCCAAUCCAACUAGAAAGAUGCUUGACCACAUUGCAAGAGAAGUGGGACUGAAAAAAAGAGUGGUACAAGUCUGGUUUCAAAAUACCAGAGCCAGAGAAAGAAAAGGUCAAUUUCGGGCUGUAGGACCUGCCCAGUCCCAUAAAAGGUGUCCUUUUUGCCGGGCACUGUUCAAAGCAAAGUCAGCCUUAGAAAGUCAUAUAAGAUCUCGACACUGGAAUGAGGGAAAGCAAGCUGGUUACAGUUUGCCACCAAGUCCUCUGAACGCAAUGGAUGAUGGUGGUGAAAGCCCAAACAAAUAUAUGUUUUUUGACUACCCCCCACUUCCAAAGAAUGACCAUUUUCAUGAAAAUGAUCUUCCCUCUUCUGUUUCUACACCUGUUAGCAAAAAUGCAGAACUGUCACCAAAGAAUCUUUUAAGCCCAUCUUCUUUUAGGGCUGAAUGCAGUGAGGACAUAGAAAACUUAAAUGCUCCACCUGCAGAAAGAUUUGAUCAAAGCAAAAAUGACUUUGAUGAAACAUCAUCGAUUAACACGGCGAUUAGUGAUGCUACUACAGGAGAUGAGGGAAACAAUGAUGGGGAAAGCACCACUGGUAGUACUAAAGAUGUUAAAACUCCCAAAGAGCCAAAAAUGCACCUAAAUGACAGUUUGCCAAAAACAGGAACUGCUUCUAUAGCAGACAGCUGUGAUGAGAAUUUUUUUUUCACUUUAACAAACACAUCCCAAAAUAAUAUGGACAGAGAAAGCGAUCAUGACCAAAGCAUAUAUAUGACUGAUGAAUAUGAGGACAAUGCUGACCGUAGUGAAACAUCAAGUAUAGCAGAUCCAGAUCCCAGCUCGCCAAACUCAUUUGUUAGUAACAAUCCCUUUAAAACCAAAAAUCAUGAUCGACCAGGUCAUAAAAGAUUCAGAACUCAAAUGAGUAAUGUUCAACUAAAGGUUCUUAAAGCUUGCUUUUGUGAUUAUCGGACUCCAACAAUGCAAGAAUGUGAAAUCUUGGGCAAUGAGAUUGGUCUUCCCAAACGUGUUGUUCAAGUUUGGUUUCAAAAUGCACGGGCAAAAGAAAAGAAAUUCAAAAUAAACAUAGGGAAGCCGUUCAUGAUUAACCAAACAGGGCCGGAUGGAACAAAGUUGGAGUGUUCUCUUUGUGGGGUGAAAUAUUCAGCACGAUUGUCCAUUCGAGAUCAUAUAUUUUCCAAGCAACACAUUAACAAGGUGAGAGAGACAGUAGGAAGUCAGCUUGACCGUGAAAAGGACUACUUGGCUCCCACAACUGUGCGGCAACUCAUGGCACAACAAGAACUGGAUCGUAUCAAAAAGGCCACAGAUGUUUUGGGUUUAUCUGCACAGCAGUCAAAUAUAAUGGAGAACAGUCCCCUUCAUGGUCUUAAUCUGCCAGCAUCUUACCAAGGGCUACCUGGCCUUCCUCCAGUUCUUCUUCCUGGGAUGAACAGCCCAUCUCCAUUGCCUGGGUUUACACAGAGUUCAAAUGCUCUGACAUCUACUGGUGCAGGCAUGCUUGGGUUCCCAACUUCAGCUACUCCAUCUCCUGCCCUGUCUCUCAGCAGUACACCCACCAAACCUUUGCUGCAGACUCCUCCACCAACUCAUCCUCCUCUGCCACCGCAACCAUCCCCGUCAUCUUCUUUGUCAGGACAGCAGACAGAACAAGAAAACAAAGAUCUGGAUAAAAACAAGCGACACAAAUUCAAAAAAGAACAAUUAGAAACUGCAAAAUCUGAAAUUAAACACUCUAAAAAAGAGGAAAAAAUCUCAUCUGCUCUUUCCAUGUUGGGCAAAGCUGGAGAAAUGCCCAUGGACCCUGCUCAGUUGCAAGCACUUCAAAAUGCUGUUUCUAAUGAUCCAGCCUCAUUUAUUGGUGGGCAGUUCUUGCCAUAUUUUAUUCCUGGCUUUGCUUCAUACUUUACACCCCAGCUCCAUGGAACAAUGCAAGGCGGGUAUCUCCCUCCUAUUUGUGGGAUGGAGAGCCUCUUUCCAUACGGUCCAGCAGUGCCUCAAGCUAUUGCUGGAUUAUCUCCCGGUGCACUGUUACAACAGU